CUUUUUUUUCGAUUCUGAUGUUUUCAGAGUUUUCCUUGUCUUUUCUUUUUAACAUUUCUGUUUUAGAUCUUGCAGAUCCGAUCUCAAGUGGAUUAAAUUUCUUGUGCAAUUCAAUAGGUCGAGAGGUUUAAAAAAGGAUGGCGGAGGAUCAUAGAUGCCAAACGCCGGAAGGCCACCGUCUUUGCGUCAACAACUGCGGCUUUUUCGGCAGUCCGACGACGAUGAAUCUUUGUUCGAAAUGUUAUAGAGAUUUUCGCCUUAAAGAAAAACAAGGAGCUGCUUCGAUCAAAUCAUCUCUCUCUUCCUCCCCUUCGUCAUCCUCAACGGUUGUCGAAUCCGUUUCUCAGGUUUCGCUAUUCACUCUCCCUGAAGUCAUCGGAGAAUCGCCUGUUCCGACCAUCGAGAUUGCCCUGGCGGCUGAGCAGCGACCGCAGCAACAACCAAAUCGGUGCAUGGUUUGCCGGAAACGGAUCGGGUUGGCCGGGUUCAGAUGCAGAUGCGGAAUUACUUUUUGCGGGUCGCACAGGUAUCCAGAGAAUCACGGGUGUACUUUCGAUUUCAAAACAGUUGGAAGAGAGGAGAUCGCACGAGCUAAUCCUGUGGUCAAAGCAGAUAAACUCGAGAAGAUUUGAGAUGGGAACAUCGAUCUAUUGACCUUGGAUGAAAGAAAAUUUUGAAAUCAUACAGCUCUUCAAGAAUCGACACGUGUUUCGAUGGUGGUCCCCAUGAUGGAGAGAAACCAAUUAGGCUGGAUAAAAAAUAUUUUCAUCCUAAUAAGUUAAAAUAUCUGUUUUAUUUUACGUGUCCCCUUUAGUCUUUUUCUUCCCUUGUAAAAAAAUGAUUUUUUUACAACUUUUUACUCUUUUUAUUUCUCUGGGUGGAGAAUGAAAAAAAAUAUUAAAUUCGAAAUUUGGUGUAGAUUCUUUUUUUUAAUUAUUGGUGUGUAUCUGUGCUCAUGUGCUGGAAGCGGCCAACUGUGACAGCUAUCUCCGUAUUGAAUGUUAUUGUCUUUUGGCAUAAA